AUGGACGAAGCCUCAGAGGUUUGGAACGACUUGAAGAAACGGUUCUCACAACAGGAUGCUCAAAGGAUCUCAUCCUUACAGACUGAAAUCUGUGCUUUGAGACAGGGCAGUUUGAUAGUAAAUGACUAUUAUACAAAGUGUCGAAUUCUCUGGGAGCAGAUGAAUGAUCUACGGCCUCUUCCGAUUUGUAGAUGUGAUCCUCGAUGCUCUUGUGCUUUGCUUGACGACAUAAAGAAGGAACGAGAAGUGGAUCGAGUCAUCUGGUUUCUUCAAGGCCUGAACGAUGAAUAUAAUUCAUUGAAGUCUGGAGUUCUGGUUUUGGAUCCACUCCCGGACAUGCAUAAAGUGUUCGUUAUAGCCGAAAAAUAUGAGAGGCAGCUGAACAUUACCAAUCUCACUCUGAAUAACGUAGAGUUCAAUCAUGCUAAUGCGGUUCAAGCCAAUCAGAACACUACAGAAGAUGUUGUGGCAGCCGUGAACUAUCAUAACAGAAGAAAUAAUGGAUCAAGCAGUGGAAACAAAGCCGCAAAGUGCACUUAUUGUGGCAUGACCGGACACACGGUGGAAAAAUGCUAUAAAAAGCACGGAUAUCCACCGGGAUGGGUGCAAGGAUUCAAAUCCAAAGGGAAACAGCAGAGUGUGACAGCUACCGUGAGCAAUGAAGCUGGAUCUUCCACAUCUGAGCAGCUUUAG